GAAAGCUUCCCUUUGUGCCAAUACCAUCACUUCAUAAUAAUACUAAUAACAAGAUCGUACAUGGGCGUCGGUGUGUGCGUGUGUCUGCAUGUAGAAAUAUAGGAUCUCCUUCCCCACCAACGACGGUGAAAGGCCGCAAAGAGAAGUAAGCACAUGUCUAUCCUACUGUCAUUCAAACAUCAACAAACGGGCUCAGUAAAAGUACUGAUUUUUCCGAACGCAGACGACGCUCGCCCUAUACCAAAACUCGGGGGACCGUAAUUUUUCACAUUUUUUUUUCCACAUUCGCUCUGCUGAAAGACUUCUUGCCAAGAUGUUCCGGUUUCUUUUUCGUGUGCUGUUAUCGACGACUUUACUGACUGUGUAUUUUGGUGUUAGCAGUGAAGAAAUUCUUGCAAAAACUGAUAAGGCACCAACUGGCUUACAAUUUGGAAGAGCUUUAAGGGAUGACUCAGGAUCGGACCAAUGGAGAGCGGUCGAAGAGCAUCACGUAGAGAGCAGCGGAUGGAUCGGAACGGAUCAGGAUGAAAAGCAGCCACAGAAACGCAGGCGGUUACGGAAACGCAAGAGAAGGCCGCAGAUCAUUACAGAAGCUUCCGAUAUCGAAGUGCCAAGGCCGAGGAGACGUCGCCCAGUGAGAUUGGACGAAAUGCGCGACAGCUGGAGGGAAUUGGAAGAAGAGACACCGAAACGCACGUACAACAGAAGACGGAUUAGUCCUGUUUAUAAGCAGGACGACGCGGAUGGUAUUGUAUCUGCAUCCAUUAAAUUCGCGAACGAAGAAGAUAAAAUACGCGAUCCUUUGCUGGCGAUGAAAGAUGCUGAAGAGAAGAUGAGACGCAAGAAGGUGCAAAAUACUACCGGCUCUGCAACUGCAGAUAUAAAAACGUUGCUGAAACAGAACGGAGGAUUGAGUUUGAGUGAAAUCUUGCAGCAGAGAAACUUGAGUCUAUCGGAUCUGCUGAAAGGAAAGAAACAGGCAAUUUCAGCAUUAUCCGAACCCGAACCAGAAGUAAUGGCUAGCAGGAAUUACGAAUCCGAUAAUGAUUCUCUCGAGGAGGCGAAGAAGGAGAAUUUGGAAGUGCAGCGCAAGAGGCUCUCGAUGCUUUAUAAUCACAAGGAAAAUAAGAUUUAUAGCGACGUGACUAAGUACGACGUUAUUACGGAAUCCACGACGGAGAAGCGCAUAUUUGUACCGUCGCAUCCCAAAUACUAUACGUCAAUUAAUUAUCGUCCGGAAAUAGGUAUUACAGAAAGAAUCACGGAGAGUAUUCCGAAAUUUACUACCUCGAGAACACCUAACAUCAAUGAGAAUAUCAUCAGCAGAAAAUACGCUAAACUUCCAAUAACCAGCGCCAAGAUACAUCAAACUGUUAAAAAGCCGAUGGAUGAUCAUACUAAAUUACCACCGAAAGCAUUCAAAAUUAAUCUCAACGAUCUGGUAGGCUUCAGCGAUGUUAUCAGUAAAGAAGAUGAUAAAUCGGAUGGGCCUUUUAAAAUGUCCUUUGAUAUUGAAGCAUUUACUGCGGAACAGGAAACUACUACAUUAAAAACAACUACUACCAAAAGAACAACGACUGCACCCACAACUAUUAAAACUACUACUACUUCAACAACAACUACUACUACAGUCGCACCUACAACGAAAAAUAUAAUUAAAACCAAACUGCAACCCAUAAGCGCAAAAGAUGAAGUAAUGGAGAUUUUGAGUGACGAAUCUUCAAAGCUCAAUUUAACUAGGAUAUUAGAAAUGCGCAAUAUGACAGUGCAAGAGUUUAUUGAACAACGCGAACGUGGAUCUAGUCAAAUUCAUUUAGCCGAUAUAUUCCACAAUAAUACGAAAGAGCCGGAACCACAACACGAACAUAUUGUCGAAGUUAAAAUGGAUAGCGAACGUCAACCGAAAAGUUCCAAAAUUCAUGAAGAUCUUAACUUGAAGCCCUUGCCAGAUGUCAGUAUUAGCAGCGAAGAAAUAGUCACGUCUGAAAAAAUACCCGGAACCAGUUUUCCCACCUACAAAAUCGAAAUGAACAGACAUACUCCUGUACCGAAGUCCAUUUGGAAAAGUAUCUAUCCGGAUCCAAUUCUCAAAAAAGAAAUUCAACAAUUUCAGGAAAUUGAAAAUUCAAUAGCUGAAGCUGUCAAUGAGGAGUUAGGCGAUGGUCACGAAGAUGAAGAUGUCAAAGACGAACAAAGAAAAAGUCACUUUGAUUACGACGAUUAUAUUCAGUUGCCAAUGGGCGUGAAAUCUGCGAUAUUCGCGAGUCUCGCUAUAAUCGGUAUUUCUCUUUUUGUAUUCGUAACGAUACUCGUGAUAUUCAGAUGCUCGCAAAAACACAAAAAGAGAUUAUGCUACGCUGAGAGUAGUUUCUCCUGUUCUAAAAUUAAAUCGCCAAUUUUGGAGAACGAUCCAAAAACAACGAUUAGAAGCUUCAUGUCGGAAACUCUGGGGAAGAAGAAAAAUGUGUAUUCAUCACAUCAGCAAAGUAUGUCGGAUUCAUGGGAAACCGAGAAACCUUAUCAAUAAGGCCAACAUUUUAUGUAUUUAUAUUAAAGACUUGAUAACGUGAUUGAAUGUGCAAUAUUUAUAUUAUUAUGUUUUAUUUAUUGUUUCCACAAAAGACUUUUCAU